AUGUUUGUUGAUGAAACAUAGAAGAUAAAGAAUGAAGCACUCAAUUAAGGGUGGAGCUGCAUCUCUCCUGGAGAAGUCAAGGAGUUAUACAAGGGGACAGAAUUUUACAUCAGAUGGCAGAGGAAACUUGAAGAAAGCCCAACAGGAACAAAAACAACCAAGCAGAAACCCUGAAGAUGAAGACAUUGCUGCCUACUUGUCCCAGCUUUCAAAGAAGACAUCAGGGAAAAAGAAAAAUGUAGAUGACAUCAGCUCUGGGUUGAGUGAUUUGAGUCUUUCUGAUGAAGUGAAGACAUCUAAUACAAUGAAAUUCAUGAAAAAGUCAAGCAGCUCGUCGAGCACAGCACUAUUUGGUUCCUCUCAAAGAGCACAGAGUAUUCAACCAUCAGUGAGGAAGGAGUCGGGAACCAUCUCAGGGAAGAAGACCAAGAGCUUUACAUCUAGUGCCCUUCAACGAGCUUCAAAACUAAGUGCCAAGAUAACCUCUAGGCAUAUGAAUCUAGACAGCGAUGAUUCAUCGGAAGACCGAUCUGACAAAUACCACCAAGAGCUUGACUUUACUUGCGAUAGCCCAAGCCCUCCUGUGUCUGAGCCGAAACCUGACAAGUUUAGAUUCUUGAAAAAGCCACCAAGUAAAGCCCAAGAGCCUGUACAGGAUAAAGAGUCUAAACAAGCAAAUCCUCCUGACUAUGACUCUGAUGAACUUUAUGCUCCUAAUAAUGCAAGAGAUACUAGGAUGAAUUCCACCGUGCCCUUGACAUCUACUCCAGCUACAAAGACACAACGAAAGAGCAAUACAAGUAGUCGGAAUGUUUACAGUAAGAUAAUGGCUGAGCUUGAUACAGAUGAAGAGAGUAUUGACUAUUUGCUAGGAGACACCAACCUAUCCCCUUCUUUGAUCAAGGAAGUGGAGCAUUCUGAUAGAAUUUCUGAUCAAGUAUCAGACAAUGAUGUAUCUGCACAGAAGAUCUCAGAUAAUGGUUACCUAGAAGGAGAUAUGGAUGUUGUCUCUGCAGAUGAAUCUAUCGUUGAGUCGAUAGGAGAGGAUAUAGGUCUUACACUGGACGGACUACAGACCAUCGAUGACCUACUACCACCAAGUGCCAUACAUUCCCCAGUCUCAUCCAGUCAUCAUGAUAUACCAUCUCAUCACACAGACACUGAGAGCAUUAGAAGUAGGAGUCCUUCACCGGUUGAGGAUUCUGUAGCUUCGAAUCAUGAUGAUGCGUCAUAUCGCUCCAGGACUGCUGAUAAUUCUUACAGUUCGGUUGCAUCGUACAGCUCAGCAAGCUUCCUCUCGGAAACAAAGUCGCAUUCUUUUCAUUCCAGGAGUAGCCAUAGUUACAGCAGGAGUAGCAGCAGGAGUACCAGCACAAGAUCCAAGAAAUCAGAUUCCAGCGUCAGAACCAUCACAUCGGCCAGGUCUGAUUCUUACUCACAUGACUUUGACACCCUAUCUAAUACUGAGGAUAAAACUACAUCUGAUGAUAAAACUCUAACUGAUGAUGAAACAAUUUCUAGUGAUUUUUCCAGUGCUUCCACUAUGAGAAGUCAUUCCAAAAGGAUUCGACCAAUCAGUGGACAGGAUGUAGGAGUUCAAACUUCAGGUUCUUUGCAUUCCAUCAACCAUCAUUGGCUCAAUGAUUAUAAUUUCCAGACACCAAGUUACUUUAAUCUUCUCAGUGCCAACAAUAAGGACACAGUUUCUCAUCAUGUUGAUCCAUCAGUUUUGCAAACGCUGAGCACCUUUGACUCAACUUCACUGUUGCUGCAUACAAACCUGUUAGCUCAAGUCAGACAAACACAGCUAGCCAUCACCAAUACCAUGAGACAACACCAAGCCUUCCUUGAUUCAUUACAAGAAGAUUACUCCUACACUACAUUGGAAAACACUAAAUCAUACAUCAAGAAGCAGAAGAAGAGAAGGAGGAAAGUUAAAAGAAAGACAUCUUUUGAUGGAGAGGAAACCCUUACUUAAUAACUACUGGAUAUACCUCUGUGAACUGCUUGUUGAUGCCGGUGACACUAUGUUCAGGUUUUCCAGAUAUUCUCUUUGCAAUAACUUGACUAUUUUGCUGGUUUCUACAAGUUCAACUUAGCAUAACUUUUUUUAUUUCAUGAAUUUGUAUUAUUUUACAUGUCGCCAUGCCUAACAGACCCGACGAACCCACCAUUAUAAUUAUUAUUAUGAUGAUCUAAUUAGAUUUUGAGACAAUGGAAAAGGAUAGUCUUUUCAUUGGCUCUUCUAUGCAUGAUGAAGUACAUUUAAUAUUAAUCUAAUUUUAUGUUGGGUCAUAAUAGCAGAAGGUCAAAGGUCACAAAAAUCAAGCAGGCGUUAUAUUGAAAAUUUCGCCAAACUUCAAAGAAUCAUAUAUGAUAUGCAUUUCAUGAAGAAAUUUGUUGCUUUUUUUUCCAGUUUUACCUUAAAAUGAAAUGCAAAUAUGGAAGUCUGUGUAUGCAAAUGAAAGAGCCCCUGACAUCACACAUCCACUCUUAUUCAUGUUUUAUUCAUUCGAAAUUCAAAUUUGCUUUACAUGGAUGUCAUAUUCUUAUCAACUCGGCCCACGGUCCGAGUUGUCCCGACCCCUCUCAUAGUACACAUGUAAUUGUUUUAGCACUACAAUUCUGCAUCAGAGAGUUCAUUUCGUCAUUACCCUUAACUCCAGGGAAGGUAGAAGGAUGGGUAUCUUACAGAUAAUCUUCGAACUAUGAGGCAUUUUCUCUGACAAAGGAGGAUGUUUCCGUCGUCUUGUUUGGUCGACAUACUUUGGGAGACUGUACGAGCUGAAAUUUUUGCGUACAGAUAUUUUGCGAAUCGCUGCCCAUCAUUUUUCGCGUGUUGUUACUUUCACGCUCGUAACUCACCCAUUCAGAGCAUUAACGAUUAUUCUCACGUACUGCAACUUAGUUACCCAUAUCUAUGCGCAAGUCUAAGACUAAAAUAACUUGCUGAAAAUGUUUCCAAAGGAAAAUACCGUUAAACUUAAAAAUCAUACCUUCCCCUCAUGAAAAGAAAUAUGACAGAACAUAAAAUUACGGAUUCUACAGGAC